AUGUGUAUCGUGCUCUUCACAACGGCACAUCCUGGCUAUUCUCUCAUUCUUAUUGAUAAUCGCGAUGAGUUCAUCCUAAGGCCCACGUCGCGGCCGCACUGGUGGACGCACCCAGAGUCGGGCGGGGAGGUUCUUUCAUCGCGAGACCUCCAGAGGGCGGCAAAAGGCACUUGGCUCGGCAUAACAAAGACCGGAAGCUUGGCUGUGCUGACCAACUACCGGGAACUCGUCAAUGAUGACGCUGAACACCCGAUACACGGCAUCAAAAGCCGAGGCCGCAUGGUCAAUAUGUGGCUUGGAGGACUUCCUGAUGAAGGUAUAAAGAAAGGCGUGGAUGAGCUGGUCAAAGACGGCGGCGUCAAAGGUGUGGGGGGCUUUUCUAUGGUGUGUGGCAAGCUGAGGCGCAACAACGAAGGCAUCGCCAUCGUGAGCAACAGGGCUGCUGAUGUGAGCGACGUUCCGAUAGUCGGAUUGGAACCAGAUGGCGUCUGGGGUCUCAGCAACACUGUCUACAACGACCCCAACGAGUGGCCCAAGGUGACGACAGGAAAACGACUCUUGAAAGAAGUGGCUCUGGAGGCAGCAGCAAAGAAUUCAUCCGAAGACGACCUCGUCGCAAAUCUGUUCUCCAUUCUCGACACAGAAUCUAUGCCAGAGCGACCUCCGGGAUCGAGCUUACAAGACUACAUGAACCUGAUGAGGCAUACCAUCUUCGUACCGCCAGUCGGCGACGACGUCAACCACGACCUAAAGGCUGUCGAAGAGCUCAAGGCAGAAUCAAGGCCGGAUGUCACACCGAGCCCGAGCCCACACCCAUCCAUGGGCUUCGAGGAGGGCAUGUACGGAACACAGAGACAGACGGUUCUAUUGGUCGACAAUGACGGUAACGUAACUUAUGUCGAACGUGCUCUUUGGGAUGCCAAUGGGAACGAGAUUCCUCGAGGGGAGGGAGACGUCGCUUUUCGCUUCAAGGUCGACGGCUGGGACGAAUAA